AGAAAACUCUUUCCUCCUUCUCGUCACGUGUCCAACAUGGCGGUCUCCAUGCCAAGAAUCCGCGGCUGUGUUUCGCGGCAUGCGUCCUGUAGCCUACUCAAACAAACCCGUAUUUUCCUCGCACUGAGGUCUAAAAUCCACUGCUCCGCUCCCGCACCCAGCGGACUGCUCUUCUCUCUACACAAACGCGGCAUUUUGAAGGACUCUUUCCCCGAAGGCGCAGCUCAAGACCAGCUCCCCCGGCUGCUCCAGUCCGCUCCUCAGACUGUGUACUGCGGCUUCGACCCUACGACUGACAGCCUUCACGUGGGGAACCUGCUCGCCAUCAUCGGUUUGCUGCACUUCCGGAGCGCCGGGCACCAUGUCCUCGCGCUGCUCGGAGGUGCCACGGCUCAAAUCGGGGACCCGAGCGGGAAAACGAGCGAGCGGGACCGGCUGUCAGCGGACGUGGUGGAGGAGAACGCUCGCGGCAUACGGGAGAGCAUCCAGAGGAUUUUCACUAACCACGAGUUGCUGUUCCACGACAGCUCCAGGCCGCUGGGCACAGUGGACGUGCUGAACAACCGGAGCUGGUAUAAGAGCUGGGGGGUCGUGGACUUUCUGUCGGAGACCGGUAGACACUUCAGGAUGGGGACGAUGCUCAGCCGCCACAGCGUGCAAUCCAGGCUGAAGAGCCCAGACGGUAUGAGCCUGACAGAGUUCACCUACCAGGUGUUCCAAGCUUAUGACUUCUACCACCUCAACCAGAUAUACGGCUGCAGGAUUCAGCUUGGAGGCACCGACCAGCUGGGCAAUUUGAUGUCCGGCCAUGAAUUCAUUCACAAAGUCAGCGGUGAGGAGGUUUAUGGCCUGACCAUCCCUUUGGUGACGAGCUCUGCCGGUGACAAGCUGGGGAAAACUGCAGGCAACGCGGUGUGGCUCAACAGAGACAAGACGUCGCCCUUUGAGCUCUACCAGUUCUUCCUUCGACAGCCAGAUGCUAACGUGGAGGGAUACCUGAAGUUGUUCACCUUUUUGCCCCUGGCGGAGGUGGAGAGGCUGAUGGAGCAGCAGAGGGAAGAUCCAAGCAAACGCCUCGCUCACAAACGACUGGCUGCAGAAGUGACCAAACUGGUUCAUGGAAAGGAGGGCCUGGAGAGCGCCAAAAGAUGUACCAAUGCAUUGUAUCACAGCAGCGUGCAGGCUUUGGAAGAAUUAAGCGAUGAUGAGCUUCAGGAACUCUUCAGCGAGGCUCCUUUCCAUGAGCUGCUGUUGGAGCCAGGCACCACCGUAAUAGAUGCCUGCCGCAAGGUCGGCGCCAUCCCAGACGGACCCAGAGGAUAUCGGAUGAUCUCUGAUGGAGCUGUAUGGAUUAACCACAAAAGGGAAGACAAACCGGAGCAGGUUCUGAUCCCCAAACUCCAUGUCCUGUCUAACGGACUGACCCUGCUAAGAGUGGGCAAGAAAAACUUUUACAUCAUCAAGUGGCUGAGCCUCUGAGGCUGCCUGAUUGACAGGGAAGGUAGGAGGAAAAACUUCACAGGAGUUUUCAGGGAGAUAAUAUUGGACUCAUAAAUGACUGUGCAUUUAUUGUUUUUAUAUGUGUACAUGUAUAGAUGUGGUGUUAUCUAAAAUCUAAAACACAUGUUCAUUAAAUGGCAUAUGUAAGAGAUCAUCUUUUUGUAUUGACUUACUGCUGCAGAGGGUGUAGGAAAGUGAACACUAGAGGGCGACAUUACCUGCGUCACGGUGGACAGAGAACCUCAUGGACACGAUUUAAUCAACUGCAACGCUUCAGAAAACCAGUAGCUUUAAAGUUGAGCUAAAUUUCAUAUUUUAUUCCAAACACUUGUGUUCCUGUUUGAAGAAAAUAUUUUUCUUUAUAUUAAAGUAUAAUGCAAACAUU